AUGGGGGGCGCCGGCGCCCGCCGCCCGCUCUGCCCGCUGCUGCUGCUCGCCGCCGCCGCCGCCGCCGCCGCCCGGGUCUCCCGCGUGCAGCAGCCCCCCGAGAGGCCGGUUUUCACAUGUGGUGGGGUUCUCACUGGAGAGUCUGGAUUUCUUGGCAGCGAAGGUUUUCCAGGAGUGUACCCUCCAAACAGCAAAUGCACUUGGAAAAUCACAGUCCCCGAGGGCAAAGUGGUGGUCCUCCAUUUCCGGUUCCUGGACCUCGAGAGCGACAACCUGUGCCGCUACGACUUUGUGGACGUGUACAGUGGCCACGCCCACGGGCAGCGCCUCGGGCGCUUCUGCGGCACCUUCCGCCCGGGGGCCCUCGUGUCCAACGGCAACAAGAUGAUGGUGCAGAUGGUUUCCGAUGCCAACACCGCUGGAAACGGCUUCAUGGCCGCGUACUCGGCCGCUCAGCCCCACGAGAGAGGAGACCUGUAUUGCGGAGGACGCCUUGAGAAACCUUCUGGGUCUUUUAAAACCCCCAACUGGCCAGACCGGGAUUACCCUGCGGGAGUCACCUGCGUGUGGCACAUCACGGCCCCCAAGAACAAGCUUAUCGAAUUAAAGUUUGAGAAGUUUGACCUCGAGCGUGAUAACUACUGCCGUUAUGAUUAUGUGGCUGUGUUUAACGGUGGAGAAGUCAACGAUGCUAACAGAAUCGGGAAGUUCUGUGGGGAUAGUCCACCUGCGCCAAUCGUAUCUGAGAAAAAUGAACUUCUCAUUCAGUUUUUGUCAGACUUAAGUUUAACAGCGGACGGGUUCAUCGGUCACUACAAAUUCAGGCCCAAAAAACUGCCCACCACUCCCGCCCCACCUGCUACCACCGCAUACCCUGUCACUACAGGUUUAAAACCCACUGUGGCCCUGUGUCAACAGAAGUGUAGACGGUCAGGGACUCUGGAGAGCAAUUAUUGUUCAAGCAACUUCGUACUAACCGGCACUGUGAUCACAACCGUCACUCGCGGCGGGAGCCUCCAUGCCACGGUCUCCAUCAUUAACAUCUACAAAGAGGGGAACCUGCCAAUCCAGCAGGCUGGUAAGAACAUGAGUGCCAAGGUCACUGUGGUCUGCAAGCAGUGCCCCCUCCUCAGAAGAGGUCUGAAUUAUAUCAUUAUGGGCCAAGUGGGUGAAGAUGGCCAGGGCAAAGUGACGCCAAACAACUUCGUCAUGAUGUUCAAGACGAAGAAUCAGAAGGUUCUGGCAGCCUUAGAAAACAAGCGAUGUUAACGGAGAAGCGCCGCCUGUUGUUGCCAUGGAAAGACCUGCUCCCGCUACGCUGCGUAGAAUAAAGCCCGCCUGUCCGGUUUGGCCUGUGGCUUCCUGCACAGCUGGACUCACUUCCUGGCCGUGUGGUAUAGAUGUGAGUCUGUGCAAACCUGCCGACCAGGGUGUUGGCAGGGAACGGGCGGUGCCAAGCGCUGGCUCCGGGGAGGCCCUGGUGGAUACGCCUCGGUCAGAGGAUGAGAAAAAAAGAGGUUUUAUAAAGUGCAUUAUUUAUAGUGAUCAUUCGUUUUACCUUUAGGCAUUUGCUCUGAGGUAUUAACUUUUUCUCUUGCAUUUAAAAAAAAUGAUGCUUAAUAAAAACAUUUUUAAAUGUU